GGGGAGUUUCUGCCCAAACUUUAUCGCUAACUCUUUCCGAGAGCAAAAAUGUGCGGUUGAGUCCGGCAGCCGCACGCAGAAUCGAAGUUUCCCACAGGUCAGGGCGCCCGAGCGCUUCGAACCCCGUGUCCACGCCAUGGCGCUUGGCGCACUGACUGCUACGGCCUCGGCCGCGCGGAUGGCGGCCCAAGCGGCGCCGCUGCGGCGGUGGCAGGAGCUGGGCGCUGCGAAGUGGGCGGGCACGGGACGCGCGGAGGAGGAGGGCAGCGCGGUGAAGGGGAGGAGCCGCAGCGACAGACGGCGGCGCGCACCAACCCGGCGUCUGCUGGCAGGAGCCGCGCAGAGGCUGGCCCGAGCGCGUUGCCGCGGCUCGGCCUUCGGCGAGCUUUUCAACCAGAACCCCGAGGUGUUCUUCCUCUACGAGCCAGUGUGGCACGUGUGGCAAAAACUGUACCCAGGGGACGCCGUUUCUCUGCAAGGGGCGGCGCGGGACAUGCUGAGCGCUCUCUACCGCUGCGACCUCUCGGUCUUCCAGCUGUACAGCCCCGCUGGCAGCGGGGGUCGAAACCUCACCACACUGGGCAUUUUUGGAGCUGCCACCAACAAGGUGGUGUGCUCGUCGCCACUUUGCCCCGCCUAUCGCAAGGAGGUCGUGGGACUGGUGGACGAUCGCGUGUGCAAGAAGUGCCCGCCGCAGCGCCUGGCGCGCUUCGAGGAGGAAUGCCGCAAGUACCGUACGCUGGUCAUCAAGGGCGUGCGUGUCUUCGACGUGGCCGUGUUGGCGCCACUGCUGCGCGACCCGGCCCUAGACCUCAAGGUCAUCCACCUGGUGCGCGAUCCCCGUGCUGUGGCCAGCUCACGCAUCCGCUCGCGCCAUGGUCUCAUCCGUGAAAGCCUGCAGGUGGUGCGCAGCCGGGACCCGCGAGCCCACCGCAUGCCCUUCCUGGAGGCCGCUGGCCACAAGUUGGGUCCCAAGAAGGAAGGCAUGGGAGGGCCAGCAGACUACCAUGCCCUUGGCGCCAUGGAGGUCAUCUGCAACAGCAUGGCCAAGACGCUGCAGACGGCCCUGCAGCCCCCUGACUGGCUGCAAGGUCACUACCUGGUGGUGCGAUAUGAGGACCUGGUGGGAGACCCCGUCAAGACCCUACGGAGGGUGUACGACUUCGUGGGGCUGCUGGUGAGCCCCGAAAUGGAGCAGUUUGCCCUCAACAUGACCAGUGGCUCGGGCUCCUCUUCCAAGCCUUUUGUGGUGUCUGCACGCAACGCCACGCAGGCCGCCAACGCCUGGCGGACUGCCCUCACCUUUCAGCAGAUCAAACAGGUGGAGGAGUUUUGCUACCAGCCCAUGGCCGUGCUGGGCUACGAGCGGGUCAAUAGCCCCGAGGAGGUCAAAGACCUCAGCAAGACCCUGCUCCGGAAACCCCGACUCUGAGAGGGGUUCCAGGGAGACCUGAUUCCCUGUGGAGACACCCUCAGGAGGAUUGUGGUGUGUUUCAACAAAAACAGCCCAGAUCCAAACUGAGGAAGCCCACAUAUUCUAUUAUAGAUACGUAAUAUAAAUAACCACACAGGCACUUGCUGUCAAUGUUUUGAGUCAUUGAGUUUCAAGGAACAGCCACAGUACACACACAUCUCAGAAAAGGCAAGACUUGAAAGUUCAGACCAGCCUCCCCUCCUCUUCUCUCCCCUGCCUUUUCUCCUUUCCCUUUGCUCCUCUUUCUUACCCUCUCCUCUACCUUCCAUUUUAAAGUGGGAUGUUGAUUAAAUCAAGAUCCAGUAACUCUGAUCUUGUUUACAAAAUGUUCGUCUAUCUGUGAACAUGUGAAAGAGUCAUUUGGAUGUGGGGGUUGGGGUGGAGAAAGGGGAAGUGGUCCAGGAGCAAAAUGCCCCAUUGGGCAAACUAAACCAAGGAGGCAUUUUUCUAAAGUAGACUUGUGUAAAAAACAAAGGUUAUAUGUGAGUAUUAAUAAAGAAGGUAAUAAAUAAUAUUCCUUUUUUUUUAUAUUUGCCUCCGUUACUUUGGAUUUACCUGUGUUACUUGUCCUGUGCAGCUUCAGACAGAAUCUGCUUCCCCUCCCGCCACCCCUUCUGCCCGUUUGUUUCCUAGAAAACAGCCACGAUGGGUGGGAACAGCUUCUGAUUCCUUGAUAAGAACCUUGGAGUUGUUUUCUCACAUGUAAAUCACAGCCUGUCAGGUGCCCAGGAAUGGGAACAAAUCUUCAAAUUCUAAAGGCAAAAACCAAGCAGGGCAGCGAGGAAAAAGCACAGGGCUACUUUCCUCUUCCACUUGGAGCACAGAAAGGAAGAAGCAACCUCUUAGGAUUUGAAGGCACUCAGUUUUGAUUACUAUUGAAAUGGGGAAACCUUGAAGCAGAGACCGAUGUUUUGGUCCUGCGUUUAGUUCAGAAAAAGGAUUUUUUUUUAAGUAUGUGAUUAAAAAAACUUCUGAUGAUGAGAACACAAACCUCAAAAAUUAGUGUGAACAUUGUGUUGGCAACAGUAGCAACUUCUUUGAUUAGGAAAGUGACAGAAAAUGUAUGCGUUUGGAGUGUGUUUCAGCUUCUGGCACAGUCCGUGGAGGCACAUGAAAAGGGAAGUUUGAUCUGAGGACUGUAAGGGCACCUACAAGCUUUUCCCCUUUUCUUGGCUUCCCAUCCAAAUUAGUGCAAAAGAGAAAUGUGAAUUUUUAUUUAUUUAUUUAUUUUUUAUUGACGUAUAGUCAGUUACAAUGUGUCAAUUUCUGGUGUACAGCAUAAUAUGCCAGCCAUGCACAUGUAUACAUAUAUUUGUUUUCAUAUUCUUUUUCAGAGAAUGUGAAUUCAUACUGGUUUACCUGGAAUGUCCGGGGGGCCCAUUGCCUUUCCUUAUAAUGUUUCCUAAAAGUAAAUUUGCAAAGAAGUUACAAUAUGUUGCUGACAGUAUAAGGCUUCAACCAAGAGCUCCUUUUAGAUAUGAAAAAUAAGAUACGGGAAAGAGGAAACAAAAAUGAAUUAUGAAUUAGUAUGUUGGAUUUUUGAGAUUUGUUAAUUUCCAGGGGAAAAACCAUUGCAAUUUUCCUGCAGUGGUACUGGUGUUGCUGCUGUCCUGAGCCCAUUUGUACUGAAGCAUUCUGCAGAAUGUUGUAUUGUGAUAAGCAGUUAUGAAGCCUAAAUAGGAACAAGAGAGUAUAGUUAUAUAUUACAUUAAAUACAGUACAAGUUCAAGCUCAUUAUGACUUUAUUUUACAAUAAUUGAUUCUGAGAUCUGUGCAAGCCAAUCUAUUGGUUAAAUGCUGAAGAUUUUAUUUCAAGGAAAAUACGAUGAAAAAUAAUAUGUACAUGGGAAAUAUUUUAACACAAGAUGAAUCUUAAGUAUAAUUUUCAUUAUGGUGUGCAAUUAACUACACUCAAUUUCUGAGAUAAAGAAGCACAGAGGUUAGAAAAAGGAUGUAUUUAGCAGUGGAUUUUAUAGCACAUUCUAGAAUGGUUAUUUCUUGAUUUACCAGAAUAGUUUAUAGUGUUGUGUUUAUUAAGCCAGAUUACAGCUUAGUAACCAGAUUGAUCAUGGUUUCUAUGAUAUUUUCAUGGUAGCGUCUAUACUGAAUCAUCUUCAGCAGCAGUGGAAUAUCUGUAAUAGCUUUAAUUUAAGAAUACUUCAACAUUAAAUGAACAAAAUAAAUAUUAAUGUUCAAUGACUAUAGAUGAAACAGGUUUAGCAGGAAAUGAAGACAGCAUCAUUAAAAAGCAAGCACUCUGAAUAAAAGAACCAUUUAAAAACAAA